AUGGACAUCCAGACGUCGAGCGCAGUGUUCUGGACUUGUCUGAAGGCCGUCUCUAUCUGGGUGCUGUCGGUGCUGCUGGCUGUCCCCGAGGCCAUCUUCUCCCAAGUUAUUAACGUGCCAGCGCAGACCGAGAGCGGCGACAACAUCACCUUCGCCAACUGCGUGCCCUACCCUCUAUACAACGAGAUGCAUCCCAAGAUCCACUCCGUCCUCAUCUUCUUGGUCUACUUCCUCAUUCCGCUGGCCAUCAUCUCCGUCUACUACUACCACAUCGCACGCACCCUCAUCAAGAGUGCGCACGACAUGCCCGGCGAGCUCAACGACCACACCAGGAGACAGAUGGAGACCAGGAAGCGUCUGGCUAAGAUCGUGCUGGUGUUCGUGGGACUUUUCGCUCUGUGCUGGUUCCCGAACCACGUGCUGUACAUGUACCGCUCCUUCCACUACCACCAAACGGACCUGUCCCUGGCCCACCUGGUCAUCACGCUGCUGGCCCGAGUGCUCAGCUUCUCCUCCUCCUGCGUCAACCCCUUCGCCCUGUACCUGCUGAGCGAGAGCUUCAGACGCCACUUCAACAGUCAGCUGAAAUGUGGCCGCGGCUCCCGACCUGAACGCCAGCCCAGCUACCUCCGCAGCACCUCCCACAUCCGGCUCACGUCCAUUAAGAAGACUGCCCCCACCACGCCCUUCGCCACGGCCGCAAACGGCAUGCACAAGCAGGAAGUGGCGUUAUAA